GGCCUAGCAGCGGCUUCCGGAACCCGGCUCUUCUUGCCCAGGCUCAGCGCUCCAGCAAAGGAUCUGCGCGGUUGCCCACUGCUGAGGGUACAGCUUUCUCCGGCAGGCACCCCCGCUCCUUCCUGACCGACUCACCCCAGCCUCCCUCUUGGAUCCGGUCCGGACUAGUUUUCUUCUUUUGAGUUUCCCGCGAAAACGAACCCUUACAGACAACCAACCGGCGCAGAGAGCCUGGCGGGCGGGCCAAUCAGAGGCGGCGAGAGGCGGGCCCUGCGGGGUGCUGCUUCCGGGAGAGGCGGUUAGGCGCCCGGGCUGCGGCCCCUCCGACCCCGGUCCCUCUCCCUCUCGGCGGGACUAGGCUCAUCCUCCAGGAGCCGCACACUGGUGUGUGGGCCACCAUGACCCAGCAGUGCCCGCUGGGCCUCUCAGCACCCCCGGCCAACUGCCUGGACCUGUGGAGGGAGAAGAAUGACCAGUUAGUUCGACAGACCAAGGUUGCUCAGGACUUGGGUCUGUCUCUGAGGCGAAAGCGUUUGGCUCAAGAUGCCCUGGAAGGCUUCAGGGGACUCCUCCACAAUCUGCAGGGGCUCCCUGCAACUGUUUCUGUUCUCCACUUGGAAUUGACUAUCAUCUGCAACUUCAUUACCUUGAGGACAAGCCUGGCCCAGGGAUUCAUUGAAGACCAAGCACAGGAGAUCCAACAGGUCUUAGAGAGAGUGCUGAAGACACGGGAGCAGCUGCAGCCUGGAAUGAAAUACAGACACAAGGAACUGUGGAACUCUGUGUUUGGUGUUUCCAUUCUUCUGCCAGAGCUGCUCCCUGCCCUCCACCACCUAGCUGGCCUGCAGGCUGCCCACUGGCUGAGCACUGACCGUCUUGGGAACCUGACCGUGCUGCUGAAGACCUUGAUUGGCAGCCAGAGUGGGGCCUCAGAGGACCUGUUAUUGCUUCUAAAAACUUGGAACCCACCAGCUGAGGAGUCAGGUGCCCCUCUCACCCUGCAAGAUGCCCGGGGCUUGAGGGAUGUCCUCCUGACAGCGUUUGCCUACCGCCAAGGCCUCCAGGAACUGAUGGCAGGGAGUCUUCCCAGGGCAUUGAGCAACCUUCACGAAGCGGCCUUAGGUUUGUGCCCACGGCCUGUGCUGGUCCAGGUGUACACGAUCCUGGGCACCUGUCUCCGAAAAAUGGGCAGCCCACAGAGAGCUCUGCUGUACUUGGUUGCAGCUUUAAAAGAGGGAUCAGCCUGGGGUCCCCCACUCCUGGAGGCCUCCAGGGUAUAUCGGCAACUAGGGAACACAGCAGCUGAAUUGGAGAGUCUGGAGCUGCUAGUUGAGGCUCUGAGUAUUCCCCACAGCUCCAGAACCCACCAGCUUCUCAUUGAAGUAGAGCUGCUACUCCCGUCACCUGACCCAGCCUCUCCCCUUCACUGUGGCACACAGAGUCAGGCCAAGUACCUGCUGGCAAGCCGAUGCCUCCAGACAGGAAGGGCAGAGGAUGCUGCAGAGCAUUACUUGGACCUGCUGGCCCUGUUGCUGGAUAGCUCGGAGUCUAAAUUCUCCCCACCCCCUGCCCCCCCAGGACCCUGCAUGCCUGAAGUGUUCUUGGAAGCAGCAGCAGCACUGAUACAAGCAGACAGAGCCCAUGAUGCUUUGACUGUAUGUGAGGAACUGCUGGGCCGCACAUCAUCUCUGCUACCCAGGAUGCCCUGGCUGUGGACAGAUGUCAAGAAAGGAACAAAGGAGUCACCACACUGCCCACUGUGGGUCUCUGCCACCCACCUGCUUCUGGGUCAAGCCUGGGUACAAAUGGGAGCCCACAAAGAUGCAAUUAGUGAAUUUAGUCGGUGCCUCGAAUUCCUUUUUCGGACCACUCCUAAGGACAACGGACAAGGGCCUACUUCCCACUGUGAAAGGGAACAUACAUCAGAAGUGACCCUACAGCAGCUUCGUGCAGUCGCCCUGGUCUGUCGAGGACUGGAGUGGGCAGCCAGUGGCCAGAAUACCAGAGCCCUGCAGGACUUCCUCCUCAGUGUGCAGGUAUGCCCAGGUAAUCAAGAUGCUUCCAUUCACCUGCUUCAGACUUUGAGAAGGCUAAAUCGCAGGGAUGAGGCCACUGUCCUCUGGCAGAAGCUGGAGGCCCAAACUGAGCUGCCGCAGGAAAAUGCCGCAUGGUCUCCCCCCCUGUACCUUGAAAUCUGUUUGAGUUGGAUCCAUCCCUCUGACCGAGAAGCCCUUCUUGAAGAAUUUCGAACAACUCUGCAGGAGCCUUGUGACUUGUAGCUGCCAUUUAGCAGAGAUUGGGGCCCCACUGAGCCUUCUGUCCGUGGGAAGGGCCUUCUGCUGUACCGCUUUGGGGGAACGUUGUUGAGACUGCCCAUUCCCGGUGUCUAGCAUCAGAGAGAUACGCCUAUGACAUUUGACCUCGUUGCUGCCAUUCUGGGUCCCGAGGGAACUCCCUGGCCCUCUACUCCACCCCACAAGCAUUGACUUUUGUCAUGACACCUUCUUUCUUGUUUCCCCUUUGUUGUAUUGAGUAAAAUAUCUAAUUUAUCUCU